AUGAGUCAGGCUGUGAGUUCGGCGAAGAUCACGCUGUGGCUUUCCAUUCUGCAAGGCUUUAUAUUUCUCGUCGCUGAUACAAGUACUGAAACACCGUCUGACAGUACUACUGUAGAUAUUUCAUCUCGUCGCUUCCGGACAGAAUUUCUACAAGAAUGGCAUGAUUCAGCUGAUGCACCCUAUUUCGAUCCUAGCACGCCUCGUAACAUAACAGGUCUGGUUGGGCACCCCGUUCGGUUGUUAUGCAGAGUUAAAAAUUUACAAAACAGAACUGUUUCGUGGGUUCGACAUCGUGACAUUCAUUUAUUAACAGUUGGCCGAUAUACUUACACGUCAGAUCAAAGAUUUGAAGCACAGCAUAAACCUCGAUCUGAAGAGUGGGCUUUACGUAUCCGAAGCCCGCAAAGACGAGACUCAGGCCAAUAUGAGUGUCAGAUUUCAACUACUCCGCCCAUAGGCCAUGCUGUUUUUCUCAAUAUCGUAGAACCCGAAACUACGAUAUCAAGUGGUGCUGAAUUGUUUAUACAAGCAGGAUCGACAAUCAACUUAACGUGUAUAGUUAAACAUACACCUGAACCUCCUUCUUCUAUUACAUGGACACAUGGAGAACAGGUUAUCAAUUUUGACUCCGCUAGGGGUGGAAUAUCAUUAGUAACAGAAAAAGGCCUCCGAAGUACUAGUCGCUUGUUAAUUCAACAAGCAAGAGGUGCCGAUGCCGGUAUUUACACUUGUGGACCCAACAACGCCCCAUCCGCAUCAACAAGAGUUCAUGUGCUCUCCGGUGAACACCCAGCAGCAAUGCAACAAGGCUCCGCAAAAUGUUCCCUGGAUAAAAUUGUAAUAAUAUUUUAUUUUUCUUCAACGUUAUACGUAAUAAGGUCAUUCAAUAUCAUGACAUUUGGCACUUGA